CUAUGCUCUCUUUGUGUCAUGCCUAAAUACUAUUGCGAUGUAUGUGAUUGUUCCUUUCCUAACAAUCUAACUAACCGUAAAAACCAUGACAAAGGUUUGGUUCACAUCAAUAAUAAAAGAAGACAUUACGAUUGGUUUAAAGAUCCUGACGACUUUAUCAAUGAACAAUUAAAUAAACCUCCUUGUAGAAGAUAUAGACAGAACGGUUAUUGUGAAUAUGAACUGGAUUGCAAGUAUAGUCAUCUUAUCCGAGAUUAUAAAACAGGACAACUCCUAUUUCCCAAAGAAUUAUUAGAAUGGUUAGAUGCCAAGGCGGCUGAUGAACAACAACAGAAGCAACAACAACAGCAACAACAGCAGACAAAGAAAUCAUCAAGAAAAUCCAUAGUGUAUCGACUACCACCUGGAUGGAAAGUUAAAGAAUUACCACCAUCACUUAAACCGCCAACUUUAGGUGAAGAUUAUGAUUGGAAUCAUGUUGGUAUUUGGGGCUGAACAAGAUAAGUUAAACAUUUCAAUCACAUCACCUUUUCAUCAUGAUAUUAUACCCCAUAUCUUCUCUUUUUUGGUUAUCUUCUUCACAUGCUUUUGAAAUUAGAACCAUCCUUCAAUCAUUAUUAUCUCUUUUAUAUUAUAUUAUUAUUACUAUUAUUAUUGUUAUUAUUAUUAUUAUUCACAUGAUAUACCAAAUAAAACAAAC